UCCAAACUGAAGACGUCUCCGAGACCGAUGAGAGAGAUGAUCCAUAUCGUUUGGUGUUUCUGCCCUUUUGCCCCUCCUCUUCUAUUAAUUUUAUAUUUUCAGUUCUUCCCCUUCCUUGCCCUCCCCUUUUCCAGGUUAGAAUUCGGGUUCUGAAGCUGUAAAUUUGGGGGCUACCUGCUUAAUUAAAGAUCAGGGUUUUGUAUCGUCUGCCUUUCGCUUUAUGUACUUCUCGAUGUUGCUGAAUGGAGUGCUGCUCGAGCUUUACCUGAGAAUGAUUGGUUUUGAGGAGUGGAUUUUUGAGGAUAGACUUUGAGUUAAAGUUUACGCCUUUAAUCUGACAGGGAGUGUCAUUUCUCACAUUUUUCUUGUUAUUUUUUUAGUUUUAAUGGCGAACCACGAUGUGAUUAUUGGGCACACAAGGGAUACAUCUGUGGUUCAGGGCUCACAUUUUGGAUUAGGAUUAUUGCGUGGUCGAGAUUCAAUAUUGGAUCGGGUGCAGACUUUAGAAUCAGGACAGAUUCAUGAGCAUGUUAGAGAUUUCAAAUCAACCACUGCUGAUGACUCAGAUUCAGCAAAUGCCACCACUGAUCAUGAUAUUUUGCCUGCUGAGGUCCAUGACCAUGAAUUGGCUAACCAGUGUAGCCAAGGUCAUACUGAUGAACAUUCUAAUGGAUAUGAUGUAGGUAACCAGCAUGAGAAUAGAUUUCCUCAGAGUGGAGAGAGUGAUUCAACUCCAAGUCAAGAUGAUGUACUUAAUGCAGAUCAAGAUGAUAGUGGCUUUGAGAACCAUGGUCGACAGCUUGCUCUAACUCCUCGUGACAGUGGAAUUGGUUUGCCAGGGAGUCAGGAAUUGACUGUUGUAGAGCCCCAUGACAUUGAUGAAAACUUAGAGCUCAUUGUCGACCAGAAUCAUGGUAUGGGAAUUCUAUCUGUUUCAGAGGCGCCUGUCCAGCCUUCUCAGGUCCUUGUUACAUCCCCUAUUCUGCAGUCUCGAACACUAGUUGUUGCUCCAACCCUUGAAUUGACUGUUGGGCAAGAAUUUCCAGAUGUCCAAAGUUGUCGUCGGGCUCUGAGGGACAUAGCAAUUGCUCUUCACUUUGAAAUACAGACAGUUAAGUCUGAUAAGACUCGUUUCACUGCAAAAUGUGCUAGUGAAGGAUGCCCUUGGCGCAUUCAUGCUGCAAAGCUCCCUGGUGUUCCUACAUUUACGAUAAGGACCAUCCACAAAGAACAUGCAUGUGGUGGUAUUGCUCAUCUUGGUCAUCAACAAGCCUCAGUGCAGUGGGUUGCAACCUCCGUGGAACAACAUCUCAGGGAAAAUCCUCAAUGCAAGCCAAAAGAGAUUCUGGAAAAGAUCCACCGUGUUCAUGGGAUAACCUUAUCGUACAAGCAAGCAUGGAGAGGGAAGGAAAGGAUCAUGGCUACUCUUCGUGGUUCAUUCGAAGAAGACUUUCGCCUUCUUCCACAAUAUUGUGAGCAAAUUAGGCGGACAAAUCCAGGGAGCAUUGCAUCUGUUUAUGUCAAUCUAGUGGAUAAUUCUUUCCAGCGCUUAUUUAUUUCUUUCCAAGCAUCUAUUUAUGGGUUUCUGAAUGCAUGUCGCCCACUGAUUGCGCUUGAUCGGACUGUUCUAAAGAGCAAAUACCUAGGGACUAUGCUCUUUGCAACAAGCUUUGAUGGAGAUGGUGCACUAUUUCCUUUAGCAUUUGGUGUUGUUGAUGAGGAAAAUGAUGAUAACUGGAUGUGGUUCCUUGCAGAGCUGCAUAAUCUUCUGGAAACUAACACAGAGAACAUGCCAAGGUUGACAAUAUUAUCUGAUAGACAGAAAAGUAUUGCUGAUGCUGUAGAUGCAAAUUUCCCCACUGCUUUCCAUGGUUUCUGUCUGCGUCAUCUCACUGAGAGUUUCAGGAAGGAAUUCAACAAUACUGUGCUUGUCAACCUUUUGUGGGAAGCUGCAAAUGCUCUCACGUUAGUUGAGUUUGAGAACAGGAUUAAUGAUAUAGAAGAGAUAUCGCAGGAAGCUGGUUAUUGGAUACGGCGAGUUCCACCUCGCUUGUGGGCCACUGCACAUUUUGAGGGAACACGUUUUGGGCAUCUGACAGCCAACAUAGCUGAAUCAUUAAAUUCCUGGAUACUUGAAGCCUCUGCACUUCCCCUGAUUCAGAUGAUGGAGUGCGUCCGCCGGCAAUUGAUGACUUGGUUCAAUGAAAGACGUGAAGCUAGUAUGGAAUGGACAUCUGUACUUGUUCCCUCUGCUGAAAGGCGUGUCUCAGAGGCUAUUGAAAGGGCACGUACCUACCAGGUUCUCCGAGCCAAUGAGGCUGAAUUUGAGGUUAUUUCUCACGAGGGGACAAACAUUGUGGAUAUCAGAAACCGUUGUUGCAUGUGCCGAGGAUGGCAGCUAUAUGGCCUGCCCUGUGCUCAUGCUGUAGCGGCUCUUCUUUCUUGCAGGCAGAAUGUUCAUCGAUUUACUGAGAGUUGUUUCACAAUAGCAACAUAUCGCAAAGCCUAUUCUCAAACCAUACACCCUAUUCCCGAUAGGACCCUGUGGAAGGAGAUGACAGAUAAUACUCAAACUGAAGGUAGUUGUUUGGAUAUGGUUGUAAGCCCCCCCAAGUCCUUUCGACCCCCUGCACAACCUAGGAAAAGAAGAGCUCGUGCAGAAGAUCGGGGUCAUGUGAAGCGGGUGGUUCAUUGCAGCCGCUGUAACCAGACUGGACAUUUUAGAACAACCUGUGCAGCACCCAUAUAAAUUUCAACUAUACAGUUUGGUUAUUUCUUAGUGAUGUAAAGAGUUCUGAUAGACUGAUAGUCAUGUAAACAAUUUCUGAUUGUUAGUUUAGCUAUAGAUGAGCUACAUUUCCAUCUGGUGGAAGUUCUGCAGCAAUUAGUGAAAUCACAAGGGAAUGUCAAUUAAAUUUUUUUGGCCCAUGUUGCAAACUA